AUGCUCGUCUGGUGGGUGAUGCUUGCCGUCGGCGUGACGGCCGUCCCCAUCAUUGGUGACCUCCUCUCCCUCGUGCUCGGCAAGCGCUGGCAGCGCCUCGUCUCCCGCUGGCAGCGGCCCGUGCUGCUCUCCACCGUCAGCUUCCUCUGCGCACUGGCGCGGCCGGCGCUCUACUUCUUCUGGGCGACCGUGCUUCCCUACACUGCGCCCAAGACAUCCGCCGCUCGCACCUUCCACGUCGCCUUCAUACUGACCACGUGGAUGAACGCCGUCUGGGCCUACUGCUGCUGCGUGGCCACUGACGCUUCGGCAGGUGCGGCCGGCGCGCCGCCGCGGCUAGCGCGGGCGAUGGACGGCUUCCCGAGCCACAGCUGCGGCGCGUGCCGGGCGGCCGUGCCCUGCUUCGACCACCACUGCCCCUUCACCGGCGGCUGCGUCGGCGGGCGCAACUUCCGUCACUUUGCCGUCUUUGUGCUGCACGCCACGCUCGGCAUGGCCGACGCGUGCGUCCUCUCCUUCCCGCCCUUCCGCGACUGCGUGCUGGGCCAGAUCGAGAGCGAGCAGCUCGGCAUCGUCCGCACGCCUCCGCCGGACGAGGCCGCCUGCCUCGCCACCGGCCCCGCCUCCCUCCUCUUCAUCCCCGCGGCCUCCCUCUUUGGCGUGCUCGCGAGCCUCGCGGCGCUGCACGGGCUGCUGCUGCUCAACGGCGCCACCACCUUCGAGCUCUCGCGGCUCGCGCGCCGGCGCGGCGUGGGCGUGCUCCGCGACUUGCUGCGGCUGCGCGCCGGCGGUGGCGACAAGUGGGCGCUGCUAUGGCAGAGGCCGUCGGCGGAGGCGGGCUGGGGGCUGCGAAUGCGCGUCCUCUUCCUCCCUAGCGCGCCGCCGCCGCGGCACUGCGCACUCCGCGCCGCGGCGGAGGCGGAGGAGGAGGGGCGGCCCCUGGGGAAGGGCUCCGUGUGA